AUGAGGCACUUUCCGCACCUCGUCUUCGUUAUCACCAUUGUCGCAAUUGGAUCUCUAGGACAUGUAUUCUGCCAUGCUGGGCAGCAGCAGAACGUCACAGCAGCCGCCCAGGAACAUCAAGCCUUGAAUGACGCAGCUACGACUACUACUGUAGCUCAGCAGCAGCAGGAGCUGCUGCUGCUGCACGCCAGUAGUGGCGACUUUGAAAAAGUUAAUAACCGGGAGAAGCUGGCUGUGGUGUAUCUUUUCACUUCGAGCAUGAUCAGUGGAGCUCCCUCAUGCCACCUUGUCGUCGCCGCCCCACCCUUGGCACUUGUGCAUCAAGCAGCCGCCGCCACAUGGCCCGUGAAACCUAUGCACAUAGAGGUGUUACGAGGGGUGCCAUCAUGGACUCCCCGACCCCGCCACUGCACACGCAAGGCGCCCUACAUGCUCAGCGUAAUCGUGCCUAGUGACAUCACUACCAUCGAUGGUACGACCUGCAUGUGUAACAUGUAUGCGGGCACGAUACAUGCGUCAAUAACACCGACGCACGCGCAAUCAGCAUCUACCAUAGAGAUGAUGUAUAUCCCAUCUCCUAAUUGGCAGCAGCAGCCAGCAAAAUUGGGAAUCAUAUUGCUUGUUAUCAAGCAUAUGAAAAUGUCUUGCGUGGUUGCUAAAUGGACUUGUGACGUCAUUGGAGCUUCGCUUCUAUUUGCUUGCGACUGA